AUGUCUGCUGAAUUUAUUGAAUCAACACAUGAUAAAAAGCAACUAUGUUACCUCGGUUAUCGAUAUUGUUUCAAAAGUAAAAAUCAAAAUGGAUCUGAAUAUUGGGUUUGUGUAAAAUGCACGGCAACAGCGACAAGUUAUUCAGAUUUAUCCGUUGUAGUAUGUGAUGAACAUACACAUUUACCUGAUGAAACUGACAAAAUUGUCUUAGAAAUGCGAAAAAAUUUAAAACGAAAAGCUAUAGAAGAUUCUGGUCCAAUAGAUCGUAUAGUCGAAGAAGCUUAUCAUAAAAUUAAUAUUAAAUCCAAUGAUUUGAUUGUUAAUUUACCGUCUAUUAACACACUAAAAAAUAAUUUACAAAAGCAUCGUUUUGAACAACUUCCAUUACCAUUACCUGAUGUUUAUUGCAAAACAACACAAGGUGAUUGGUUUUUAUUAUAUGAUGGACUACUUGGCGGUACUCGUUCACUUAUUUUUUCCACUUACAAUGAUAUUGUUUAUUUAUCACAACAACAACAUUGGUAUAGUGAUGGCACAUUUUAUACAUGUCCAUCUAUCUUUUAUCAGAUUUACUCUAUUCAUGCAUAUUAUGAUGGAAUUUCUACUCCAUGUGUCUUUGCAUUACUUGGAGGUGUUGCUAAUGUAUUUGCCAAACAUUAUCCAACUGUUACUGUUCGCGGUUGUUUAUUCCAUUACGGCCGAGCUUUAUUCCGUAAAUUUGUUGAUAUUGGUUUAAAAACACCAUAUAAAAACGACGAAAAUCUUCGAGAUUGGUUUCGAUCUCUCGCAGCAAUAUCAUUAUUACCAUUGCAUCAUAUGUUAUGGGGUUUACAAUAUUUAGUGGGUAUUAGAACUAAUUAUCCAGGUAUUCAAGCAUUUCUUGAUUAUCAUCAUAAUACAUUUGGGCCGUUCAGUCGAUUUCCACCACAUUUGUACAAUCAUUAUCGUAAUAUUACACCUCGAACAAUUAACUAUUUAGAAGGUCGACAUAAUCCUAUGAAAAAACACGUUAAUUCUCCACAUCCAAAUAUAUAUGUCGCAAUUGAUUUACUACAAAAAGAACAAGCUUUAGCCUCUAUUGUGAGAUUACAAGACGACCUGGGGGCUUCAACUCCAAAACGUCGCAAGAACAAUGUUAUUUCAGAUGAAUGUUUGAUGAAAUUAUGGCAACGUUAUGAUGAAGGUCGUAUUGAUAUUCCAGCAUUCUUAAAAGCAGCUGGGUUGAGAUACUUUCAACGUGCACCAAAAAAAUAA